CACACAAACACAGACACACCGAAUGGACAAGAAAGCGCACAGUGGAACUUUCACUCUAGCUCAUUAUUACGCACGGCUCCAAUUGCGCAGCAAGCAAGUGAGCGAGCGCAGCUGGGAUCACCUGAUGGGAUUCUAUCAGCUAUAAAAAGGCACCAAAAGACGACCUGACGGCUUUGGGGAGAUUACACCUCGUCUCCCCUCAUCAAUAUUAACAAUAACAACAAUAAGAAGAAGAAUGCGUGUUUCAGGAUACCAACGUCUUGCCGCCUAAUUGAACAGCAGAGGUGCGCGUUUGUAGCAAAGAACAAAAUAACAAAUUGUCAGCUGGUGCAGAGACAUGGACCUCUGGGGGGUUUAUCUGUUCCACCUCACAACUUCAGCUCUGUUUGAGGUCAUCCUGGCAGGCAGGGACUGCUUGAUGGCAGGAGACUCCUGUUCAAGCGACGACACCUGCAGUCCACGCCUCCGCACUCUGCGUCAGUGUGUAGCAGGCAAUGGUAGCAUGAAGCUGGGCCCUGGCGCCAGGAGCCAGUGCGCCAAUGCAGUGUCAGCGCUCAUGUCAAGCCCUUUGCAUGGCUGCCAGUGCAAAAGGGGCAUGAAGAAGGAGAAGAACUGCUUAAGCAUCUACUGGAGCCUUCACCAAUCCAUCAUUCACGGCCUCAACUUGGUGGAGAGUUAUCCUUACGAGACGGUGCAGAGGGAUUAUGACUACGUCCGUUUGGCCUCCAUCACAGCAGACUCUGAUGUUGGCAUAGCAACAGUGAACCGCUGCCUCGAUGCAGCCAAGGCUUGCAACGUGGACGACUUGUGCCAGAAGCUUCGCACGGAGUACGUCUCGGCCUGCAUCAAGCCCACCGCUAAAUCCGGCCUGUGCAACCGUGCCAAAUGCAACAAGGCCCUGCGCAGAUUCUUUGACCGAGUCCCUGCAGACUACACACAUGAGCUGCUCUUUUGCCCCUGCACGGACACCGCCUGCGCGGAACGUCGGCGGCAGACCAUCGUGCCAAUCUGCUCAUACGAAAGCACGGAGAAGCCGAGCUGUAUUACACAGAGGAGGAUAUGUGAUGCUGAUUACGUGUGCAGGUCUCGUCUGGCACAGUUUCAGUACGACUGCGAGCCCUCUGAAGCGUCUGCCAGCGGCUGCAAGCAAAGAAACUAUGGAGCUUGCCUCCUCGCCUACACGGGGCUCAUCGGAAGUACGAUAACACCCAACUAUGUCGACAACGCUACAUCCAGCGUGGCGCCAUUUUGCUCCUGCUCGGCCAGCGGCAACCAGAGGAAAGAAUGUGAGGACUUCCUGGGCUACUUCACAGACAACAUCUGUCUCAGGAAUGCCCUCAGGGUGUUUGGAAGUGAAUCUGACCAGCAUCCAACAGUGGGCCAGUCCAGUUCCACAACCCAUGGCAGCAGAGAAAACCGGAGCACAACUUUCCCGCCCGAAACCGAAGUAACCAUGCGGAACAUUCUGGAUACAAAAAUACCCACACAGGCCAUAGGAAAUGAGCUACUGGUAGCCCGGUCCACCCUUUCAUCCAACGGCAUCCCAAAUUCGGCAUCCCCUCUCCGGCUCCUUCCUCCAGCUGCUGUCAGCCUUUUGUUGUUUCACUUGCUCGACAGCGGACACUAAAGACAGCAGGGGUGCACCCCCUUUGGCUCCCCACGGUGCAGAGCGGAACGGAGGCAGUUCACGCACCGUGCAGCUCCUCCUUCCUUCUGAACAUGUACAGCAAUUCUAUUUUUGUGUCUAGGUAUCGUUGGACGCUAAAUCUGAAGCCUGUAUGUACAUUUGUACAUAAUUGAUGCCAAAAUGAAGCUGACAGAGCUCUCGGCUUCCGUGUGUUUUCAAGUUAACGUGACCCUAUAACACAGCUAUCUCCGUGGGUGUAUGAUACGAGGAUUUAUGAAGGAAGAAUAUGAGAAGCUGAGGACAUCAACAGAACCUCCUAUGUGGAAUAUUGUGAGUCAGUGUUUAGAGAGCUGUUGGAGCACAUGGGGCUUUAAUAGCACUCUCCUCAAGUGACUGCAAGAGGACCAUUAUUUCUGAUCAAUACUGGGAAAAAAGGGGGGGGGGGGGGGGGGUGAGGCGCUGAGACAAUAGAACAACAUUUUACUCAGACAUGGCGGACAGAUGCCCUGAUUCUUCGUUGUCCUGCAGCGCUACCUGGCAGAGAGUGCAUAAGACAAACCUUGACAUCAUGAUCAUGCUUUCCAUCAGGACUGAUGCCAUUUGUCAAACCGUUAUUGCUAAAGCUACAGUAUAAAAUACGUUGUCGCACUUAAAAGGAAAUUUCCAGGAAAAAGCAAUUUUCCUAUACUGGAAAUAA